CGGUUGGUGUGUGUCGAAGAAACCUGACUGCAGCCCGAGAGCAGCCGAGAGGUCCACCGAGCCUCGCGAAAGGUCCGCUGAGCGGGCUCGAGUCCGGAGCUACUCCGGGCUUCGAGCUGCCCAGCGGAUCCCACGCCUGGCCAGGUGUGGGACCCAUCCUUCCUGUCCUCGCAGAGGGGUCCUCGCGUGGUGAGUAUGCGAAACAAGCGGGUCCUGAAAACAAAGCAGCCACGAAGAAGGGGAGCAAGGGGAGGCCAGGAUCCAGGCCUCCAACCCCACAGGUGUGAAGACACACCAGGGAGGUCCCCUCCCACCCACACAGUUGCCAUGGGUCCCGGAGGAUCCGGAGCCGGAGCAGCUGGGGCUGCUGGAGGGUCUGCCGCCUGCCCUCCUCCACCCCCUCCCCCUCCCCCCAACAACAACAACAACAACAAAGGCAACAACAGCCCCUGCGUUCCCAACAUGACCGAGCGCCGACGGGAUGAGCUGUCUGAAGAGAUCAACAACCUGAGAGAGAAGGUCAUGAGGCAGUCCGAGGAGAACAGCAACCUGCAGAACCAGGUGCAGAAGCUCACUGAGGAGAACACCACUCUGCGCGAGCAGGUGGAGGUGGAGGUGGAGCCGGUCCAGGUCCAGGUCCCGGUCCCGGUCCCCGUCCCCAUCCCCAUCCCCGUCCCAGAGGAGGAUGAAGAGGAUGACAUUGAGCUCCAGGGUGCUGCGGCGGCUGCCGUCCCCACUACUUCCAUUGAGGAAGACUGCCCUGAAGACCUUCCAGAGAAGUUCGACGGCAACCCAGACAUGCUGAUUCCAUUCAUGUCCCAGUGCCAGGUCUUCAUGGAGAAGAGCACCCGCGAUUUCUCCCUUGACCGUGUCCGUGUCUGCUUCGUGACAAGCAUGAUGACCGGCCGUGCUGCCCGCUGGGCCUCAGCCAAACUGGAACGAUCCAAUUACCUGAUGCACAACUACCCAGCCUUCAUGAUGGAAAUGAAGCACGUCUUUGAAGACCCUCAGAGACGAGAGGCUGCCAAGCGCAAGAUCAGACGCCUGCGCCAGGGCUCGGGGACCGUCAUCGAGUACGCCAACACUUUCCAGAUGAUUGCCCAGGACCUGGAUUGGAACGAGCCUGCUCUGAUGGACCAGUUCCAAGAAGGCCUCAAUGAAGAUAUUCAGGAGGAGCUGGCCCGCUCGGAGGUCCCGAAGACCCUGAAUGCGCUGAUCAACCAUUGCAUCCACAUCGAGAGAAGGCUGGCCCGGGCUGCUGCUGCUGCUGCUCACAAGCCCAACACCCCACCUCCACCCCGGGGGGCCGCGGCUGCGAUGCCCAACCCAGGUCACCAGGUCGACCCGACCGAGCCCGUGGGAGGUGCCCGCAUGCGCCUGAGCCAGGAAGAGAAGGAAAGACGUCGAAAGCUGAACCUCUGCCUCUACUGUGGGAAUGGAGGCCACUACGCCGACAACUGUCCUGCCAAGGCCUCCAAGAAUUCGCGCGGGAAACUCCCCGGCCCCGCUGUAGAGGGACCUUCAGCGACCGGGCCAGAAUUAAUAAGGUCCCAAGAUGAUGCUGUCUCUGCGCCACACCUGCAAGCCAUGCUCCAGAUCCAUCUCCCGGGCCGGCCUACUCUGUUCGUCCGGGCGAUGAUUGAUUCUGGUGCCUCUGGCAACUUCAUCGAUCAAGAAUACGUCAUUCAAAAUGCAAUUCCUAUAAGAGUCAAGGACUGGCCAGUUCUCGUGGAAGCAAUUGACGGACACCCCGUGGCAUCCGGCCCAAUUGUCCAUGAGACUCACAACCUGUAUGUCAACAUGGGUGAUCACCGAGAGGUGCUGUCAUUCGACGUGACUCAGUCUCCGUUCUUUCCCAUCGUCCUGGGGGUUCGCUGGCUGACACUACACGACCCCAGCAUCACCUGGAGCACCCGAUCCGUCGUCUUCGACUCCGAAUACUGCCACUACUACUGCCGGGUGAUCUCGGCCUUACCUCACCCGCUCCCACCAUUGGGACGGUUCCCCCCGACCGUUUACUACCCAGUAGAAGGCGGGUACAGAGUUUACCAUCCAGUGAGGUACAUCUAUGUCCAGAAUGUGUACACCCCAGUGGAUCACCACCACUACCCGGAUCACCGACAGCCUGAUCCGAACAUAGAAAGAAUCCCUGGAGCACACAGCAUCCCCAGUGGACAUGUGUACUCCCUGUCUCAAUCGGAAAUGUCUGCUCUCCGAAAUUUCGUGGCGAGGAAUGUCAAGGAUGGGCUCCUCACCCCCACCACCGCACCCAAUGGAGCCCAAGUUCUCCAAGUGAAGAGGGGAUGGAAGCUGCAAGUUACUUACAAUUGCCGUGGCCCACAGCAGGUCACCAUCCAACAUCAGUACCCUCGCAUGUCUAUUCCAAACUUAGAAGACCAAGCGCACCUGGCCUCUUACUCUGAAUGCGUUCCUCAAGUACCUGGAUACCAGUCCUACCCAACCUACACCACCACGUACCCGACGUACCCCAUAGUGUUCGCAUGGUACCCGGUGGCACGAGAUGGGCAUGGAAGAUCAAUCUACGUACCUGUCAUCAUCACUUGGAAUCCACACUGGUACCGCCAGCCUCCGGUACCCCAAUAUCCUCCGCCGCAGCCGCCACCCCCACCACCACCGCCACCCCCACCGCCGCCUUCAUCAUCCUACACCAUGUAAACACCUGUCAUGUCCUCCAGGAUCUCCUCCCUCAAAAGUUUAUUCCUGUGCAGCUUCUCAAUCCCACUACUGGACUGUCACCUCAGCCUGUCAGAGGAGCUGAUGCUAAUGCAGGAAAUGUUGAUUUCUUUACAGAGGGGGGAGUAGAGGGGGGCCAACAUGACCAUUCUUGGAGUUUCGGUACUCUCUUUACAUCACGGGAGGACCGAUGCCUUAUAAGGAAGCCACAGUUAUUGGUGCAGUAUGGACAGGCUUCCGUGAUCCUCUUGCUGCACCCCUUGGAAACUUCACCAUCUUGGAACUCCAUUGUCACGGUUCCGUUAACUUUCAAGGAGCAGCAACUUGACUGGUUCUCCCAGAAGCAGGCAACAACCCCUGCUACAUGUAACACCUCAAGCCUGACAUGGAAGUGCUCUCAGACUGACUCUUGUGUGUUAAGAGUGUGCCUUCACAUCCUGGUGCAAAUCACACGUACCCAAGAACUCUGGCUUUGACAACAUCUUACCAUCACCAUGCCAGUAAUGGCAACACCUCUCAUCAUCUGUGAGGGCUAAAGAGUAGCAAAAGGACACCCGAAUCCCGUACCCAACAUGUAAGAGGCUCUGAGGUCAUUGGUACCAACUCAUGCUGGUACUUUAGAAAGCAUUUUCAUGAGUGGCCAUGUGUCUGCCUCCAUAUGCACCUGGGCAUCCCAUCAUCCCCUCAUCUGACUGUACCAGGAGGAUGCUUGAGAGGGGAAAUGAUUUUGCACCCAGACCACACUCUCGGAAGAGGAGGAAUUAGAGCACUGGGCACGGUCUUGAGGACAUGGACUUGUAAAAGAUCAGAGUCCGACCUGAAGCUGCCAAUGGAUGGAAAGCCUCAGCUCUGUGCUAACCUGGGGCUGCCUGACUUCUUUAAGCCUGGUCCCUUGCUACUACCUUGAACCAUUUGUCUAACCUCUCUCUUUCUGUUUUACUACUGCCAUUUCCUGCUGCAGGAUUUGCCACCUUCCUGCCUGGUUGCUGAGACUCCAUUUUGCUGCCAUGCACGGAGAUUGAAAGAGCAGGCUUGAAGGAGCAUGUGUUUCAGCACACAGUCUCCAGUUGCCAAAAUACAGUUUGAGCAGUAGGAAGCAACAUGGUUUAUAUUCCAGAAUACCUGUCAUGGAGUCUUAAUGGUGAAGUUUCCUUUUCCAUCAACAUUAUCUUUCAUACCUUCAUUAUCAACCCCCUCCCCCACCUUACCCCCUUGCAUGUUUACUUAAUUUUUAGCUAUAGUAGUAUUCUUUAGGUGUUUUUAAGUGAUGACUAUGCUUUCAAGUUUCCACUGAUGAAUAAAGAACUAUCUAAUUCUUAUAGUAAAAUUAGGUAACAUAGUAUAUUUCUGUGAACUUACUAUACUGUGAAUUAGAGUCUCUGAAGUACAGACUUCAACUUUAAUUUUAUAAUUAAUCUCAGUUCUAUCAAUUGGGCCUUUAAAACUCACACAAUUGGCUGUUCAGUUGAGAACAACUUUAUCUUGUUUUCCUCAAUGGAAUCAGAAAGCUUGUCAAUCACUCGUGUUUGUUAGUUACUUUUAAAAUGGUGCAUUUGUGCUUAUGGACUAUUGUGAAGUGUCACUCCAGUUUACCUCAACCUCAAUUCCAUUCUCCAUACAUUUGAACUCAAAUUUCAAUUGAUCUUCAAGCUGCAGAAGGCUCAGUAAUGAGACAUUAUCUGCAGCCCUGGCAUGUACACACGGACAUUUGCCACCACUGCAAGCAUAAGUCUGGAGAAGUUGGCCAUCGAUAGAAGAGUCAGGACAACAUCCCUGACACUCUUUGGACUGUUUGUUAAAGCUUGCCAUUUAACUUUUUGGCAGUGUGUACCAUGUUCUCUUACUCUCUAUACUAUCUAUAGCUGUUAGGUAAGAUAAGUUAGAUAAGUUAGGUAAGUUAGAUAAGUUAGGUAAGUUAGAUAAGUUAGAUAAGUUAGCUGUUAAGAUAAGUAAUCUUCUAUAGUACUACAAUUUGAUUAAGUUUCCUUUCUCUCAUCUGAUUUAUUUCUGUUAAAUCUUUUUUGGCAUUUCUAACACAAAUGCCUUCAUUCAUAAGAAAGGAAGAAGUUAGAAGGGGAGCAAAACUCAAAUUGACAUAAAAUUAGUUAAUUGACUCUUGGCCAAAAUUAAUUAAAUCAAUGAGGCAAAUUAUCCAAGAGCCCCCAUUGCUAGUCAAGCCUGAAAAGAAAGUAGUGAUGUUGAAAUGAAGAAAGUUGACAUACAUUUAUGAAGGGUCAGUUUAGUUUGAGCAUGGAGGUAUCUGUCUUACUAAUUGGAUUAAAUCUUGUAAAGUAGUACAGUGAACUUGUAAGUGCACAAAAUAAGAGGGGCUCCUCUAUAUAGUGCAGUCUGGAAGUUUGUUUUAAGUUUGCAGGUAUCUCUUGGACUCCUGAGUUGACCCGGCUGUCACCCACCACGGACAUCUCACUUCAGUACAGUUCGAGGAUUGGCAACAGAGAACACCCUGCUGGAAAGGCCUGAGCGGAUGAAGGACCACCUGUGGAUAAGAAGAGACCCGAAGGAUCCAUCCCACGUUUUCAUCUAUGGGACUGAAAGUUCUUUGUUGUUUAAGAUUGCGGAACAGUAAUGAAUUUGUCUGUGGAACAUUUCAUUGUUUUUAUUUCUUUCUCUUUUAAGUUUUAGGUAAUCGGGGAUAUAUGUAAUCAUAGUAUUUAGGCUGGGAGGGAUUAUAAUCUUAAGUGGGUGGGAUUCUUUAGGAAGUUAGGAUCAUAUUAUGUAUUAGAUAGCUCUAUAAGUGGACGCGUUUACUUACUUGUUAUCCUCUACCCUUUACCUUUCCUUACCUUUACACCUCAAACUGAGAGGGAACUACAGGGACAGGAAUAAAACUCUAGUGAAAGUUCAAAGGUGACUGGAUUGAGAGUUUAAUAAAGGCCCUAGGUAUUAACUCCUAGGAUCAGAUUGUGAGAAAGUUUUUUUUUAAAGAAAGUGAUUAAUGAAAGCCUUUACUCUUGUCCCCUGUCAGAACCCAUCUCUUACCCUACCUCACCCUAUACCUCCCCGCCCAGCCCUACCUCCCAACCCUACUCCUCCAAAUUAUUACUGUAUUCUCUUUACUAUAUUACUAUGUAUCUACUAAUACUACAUUGAUGUUACUACAAUAAAAAUUCAAUAAAGAUUUAGUGGUU